AGUCUUGAGGAAGGUCUAGAUAGCCACGAAGUUCCAUACCCAUUUUCUUGCGGCGCACUCACGUAGCAGAAAUAUGUGGGUGCACGAAGAAUUGCGUCUGGGUACAGAGUACGAGCUAAUGCGAAGAUUAUCGAUCACGUGUCCAUCUCGUGUUUGACUGACAACCUGACUGACAACUGUGAACUGCGCACUGUGUCGCUGCGUGGAACCGCGAGUUUGUAUUUCCCGUAUAUACGUUGCCACGUGCAGUGUUCGUGUCCUAGCGUGGGGUCGAUCGCAAACCGUAAGUGACAGCACGUGGUUGCUGCAUGCUGUCCUAUUACGGGCUUACUAGAGAUGAUCGUUCUUGUGACAGGCUCAUUGUACUGUAAAGUCUGACAUGGCUUCCCGUAGUCGUCCUUCCAACCCUCAGUCUCAGACUCUCACGAAGUAUUUUGGCUCUGUGUCAAAGCGGCCUCGCUUGGAUGAGGAGGACAGACGACCGGACUCUACAAAGGUACCGGAUGAUGGAGGUGACGAUCUGCAUGGAGACAACAGUAGCUUACCAUCACUGGAAAGACCAGACGAUGCCACUUUUAUCCAUCCAGCUGUGUCUUCCGGAGAUUUUGCUAGAAUUGUACAGUUGAAGGAAGAACGAACUCUGACAGAUCAGGAAAAGUACCAUCUACUUACUAACCAUUUCCGGCCCAGCGCUACCUACCGCUUUCCAUCUGUUCUUUAUGGGAAGAAGAAGCGUGCAUUUCAACAUGACUGGCUUCACCAAUAUAACGGUCUUGUGUAUUCUGAGACAAUGCAGGGAAGCUACUGCAAAUACUGUGUCCUGUUUGGUCAAGCUGCGUACUCUGUGUACAGUUUUACCGGUACUCUGAUUAGUAAACCACUCACUAAUCUCCAGAAGGCCAGUGAGAAGCUGCGUAACCAUUUCAUUGGUGUCGGAGGGAGUUCAGCAAGGAAGUACCACUUACAAGCUGUUGAAAAGGCAGAGAAUUUUAAGGCUGUGAUGGAAAAGAAACAGUUGCCAGUUGACCAGCAACUUUCCAGCCUUCGAGCUCAGCGUAUUGCCAAAAACAGAGAAAUCCUAAGAUCUGUAGCAGAAACUGUUAUACUUUGUGGCAGGCAAGGGCUUGCUUUGAGAGGCCAUCGCGAUGAUUGGAAGUGGUUAGAGAAAACGCCAUACGCUAAUCACGGAAAUUUCAUGGCCCUACUUCAGUUUCGGAUUCAGAGUGGAGACAAAGUUUUAGCUGAUCACCUUCAAUCUGGUGGUUACCAAGGAAACGCUCUGUACACAAGCAAAACCAUUCAAAAUGAGUUGAUUGACGUAUGUCAUAGGCGAAGGAAGCCUCUGCUGAGUGGGGGGGGCACAACGGUUUGUCAGGCCAUAGAAAUCCAAGAACACUGCUAA